CAACUCGUACCCCAGCUUCUGCAGGUACAAUCUCUCUCCACCACCUCGUAAUUGUUUAGAAUCACCACAAACCCGAGCCUGCUUGUCCCAGCACGCACCCGGCGAGAUGUACCGGCGGAUCUCUUAGCGCGUCGAUCGGCAUCGUGGUGACGACCUGGUUGGUCCCGCAGCGCCAUGAUGCAGGUCCCGGAGCUUACCAAAAACUUACCAGAGCUCUUUCAUCAACUGCAUUUCUAGCUUCUGGUCUGUCUCCAUCUCUUCCGACUUGGGACGACGUUGUUCAUCUCUAGUUCUCAUUCUUUAUUACGAUCUUAUCAACACGCGCCGUGACAUCAUUCAUAGGCCAGCCGUCAGCCUACCUUUACCAACAUUGCACCACGAAGUCGCCUCCCUUCCAGACAUGACUCCUGGAAACGAGAGCCACCUUCAGCGUGCUCCUCCGCAAAGAUAUCACGACGAUGACGACAAUAGCAUCUACGACGGCCACGACGGUGUGCUGAUCGCCCGUUCCGAAGCUUCCGACCAGGAGCAGUACCCAACAUACUAUGCCAGCAAAUACAUACCGUCGCGGCUGCAGCGCACAUGGGACAACGUCGUCGUGUGGGUGAAAGGACCACAGCCACCGCGACAAUGGAAGAUUCGCCCGUUUUUGCCCAGGAUACAAUCUGCGCCCAUACGCUUCUUGGAUACCUAUUUCCCCAAGAAGAAGCACAAAGUGCUGCUGCUGAUCUUCUUUUACGGCUGCUGGCUGCUGAGUUUUGGGUUGGUGUUACACCGCAGUGCCUUCUCUGCGGAUAUACCGGGAUAUGGAAGCCCUGUGCGCAUAACAUGCGAGGACCGCUUCUGGAGCCCUGGAAAUGGCUGCGGCCUUAAUGGGGACCUUUGCCGCCCAUUUCAAAACAGCACCAUGCCCUUUCGCUGCCCGGCUAAUUGCAAACGCGUUCAGCUCCUCAAUCCCCAUGCGGUGGGUGAUCAGGUUGUGAACUACCGGCCGCUAGUCGUGGGAGGCCCAACAGACGAGGAUGAAACACUCGAGAACACAUACUACCGUGCCGAUUCCUUCAUCUGCGGUGCAGCCAUCCAUGCUGGCUUCAUCAACGACGCGUCAGGCGGCUGUGGCGUGGUCUCUCAAGUCGGCGAGAAACCAUACUAUCCUAGCGUCAACAGAAGGCACAUCACGAGUAUCGGCUUCGAUUCGUAUUUCCCUAAGUCGUUCGCCUUCCUGCCCGGCACAGCUUCCAAAUGCCGCGACCUACGAUGGCCUUUGCUUGGCGUCUCUCUAACCUUCACUAUUCUACUCUCCCUAUUCACUACCUCGCCAGCGGUCUUCUUCCCUUCAGCAUUCUUGGGCAUAUUCUUCCACGUCGGCCUCGCCUCCGACCCGCCGAACCUCACGGACUACUACUCCAUCAUUAGCAUCGCACUGGGCCGCCUCCUCCCAGCCAGCUUCUGCAUGUACGUCGUGUACAAGUUCGCGGUGUACCCCCAACACAAAGGCCUCGAAGCACAGAUUGAAAAGACAAUCCUCUGGCUAGGCGGGUGUUGGAUCGGCGCACUAAACAACUACACCUUCGACAAGAUCCCGAUCGAGCGCCUCACACCUCACGACAUCAAGACACAGCCCGGCGCCAUCCCCGCCCUCAUCAUCGUCGUGCUAACCCUCUUCUUCAUCGCGCUGGGCCAAUCAUGGGCGCUCCGCAUCGAGGGCCGCCUCCCCCGCUACCUAGCCGUCUACGGCAUCUUCGUCACCUGCCUCCUCGCCCUCGUCGCCAUCCCCAAAAUGAACGUUCGCAUUCACCACUACAUCCUCGGUCUGCUCCUCGUCCCUGGUACCGCCAUGCAGAACCGCCCCAGCCUGCUCUUCCAGGGCAUCCUCAUCGGCCUGUUCAUCAACGGCAUCGCCCGCUGGGGUUUCAGCUCCAUCCUGCAAACGCCUGGCGAGCUUCGUGGCGACGCCCCGGAGGGCUCCCUGUUGCCGAGUAUUCUCGCCCCGAUCAUCCACAACGCCAGCAGCAUUACGUUUGAGUGGGCCAAGCCGUUUCCUAGCGUGUACGACGGCCUGAGUAUCCUGGUCAAUGAUGUCGAGCGCUUUCAUGCGUUUGAGGAUCGCAUGCAGGCGAGCUGGUCGUGGAAGAGACAUCUGGAGGGCGUGGAUGAGUAUUUUCGCUUUGCGUAUUUGAGGGGUGCUGAGAGGGGGGAUUAUACGAAGGCAGGAGUUUGGACGGGGGAGGGCGGGUGGAGGGAGAUGGAGGGGGGGCCUUCGUGA